AUGAGCAGCAGCAUAGAGUUUUGUACAAUUGACGCUGGCGGUGGCAUCACCCUUGACGCUCGAAUUUACAAACCGGAGGCUGUCGCUGAUGGUAAGGGAAAAUUGGUCAUUGUGCUGGUCCACCCAUACUCGGUGCUCGGGGGAUGCCAGGGUUUAUUGAAGGGCAUAGCCAUAGGAUUGGCCAAUCGGGGUUUUAUAGCUAUCACCUUCGACAUGCGGGGUGUCGGCAAAUCAACGGGUCGCCCAUCCCUCACCGGAUUCUCCGAAGUCAACGAUGUCGUUUCCGUCUGCAAAUGGGCCUCCCAAAACCUCUCCGCGGAUCGGAUUCUCCUCCUCGGCUCUUCAGCAGGUGCACCAAUUGCUGGUUCUGCAGUUGAUAAGGUAGAAGAAGUUGUUGGUUAUAUUAGCAUCGGUUACCCUUUUGGUUUAAUGGCCUCAAUUCUUUUCGGGAGGCACCAUAAAGCCAUAUUAGAUUCUACAAAACCCAAACUCUUCAUAAUGGGUACCAAGGAUGGUUUCACUAGUGUCAAGCAGCUGGAGAACAAGCUGAAAACGGCCAACGGUCGCACUGAAACCCAACUAAUUGAAGGAGCAAGUCAUUUUCAAAUGGAAGGACCAGCAUACGAUUUACAGAUGUCAAAUCUGAUCGUGGAGUUCAUUACUUCAUUAUGA